AUGUCUUCAGAUGACUCAUCCAAACAUAGCGAGUACAUGAGAUUAGCACUCGAUGAAGCCCGCAAGUCAUCACGCAAGCCAACCAACUUCUGCGUAGGCGCUGUGCUGGCAUGUGGCAAUGAAGUUCUCACCACGGGCUACACUUUAGAAUGCCCUGGCAAUACUCAUGCAGAGCAGAGCUGCUUCAUCAAGUUGUCUAAGCAAUAUGAGUGCCUUGAUUCUGGCCUGGGACACCGUCUACCAGAGGACACUGUGCUAUAUACGACCAUGGAGCCGUGCAAUAAGCGAAGUGUGGGCAACACCCCUUGUGUCGACCGUAUCCUGGCCCUGAAGACCAAAUACGGCAGGCAGGCUAUCCAGACGGUGUGUGUGGGUGUCAGUGAGCCAGAGACUUUCGUUGGUGUGAAUGAGGGCAAGCAGAAAUUGAAAGCUGCCGGUAUUGACGUUGUUGUUGUGAAGGGGUUUGAGGAUGAGGUUCUGAAGGUACUCAGCACGCCUGCACAUGCGCCUCACGGCUCCUUGACAGCCUUGCUGGGAAGCGGUGGUUGCUCCGGACUUCAACGUCACUACACCACCAGCAGAAACCACGCUAUCAUUCUCGGACCGCACCGUGGAAAAGUCUUUGAGCUCGUGCAGAAACGAAGAGUGUUAGCAAACGCACGAAAGCUGAGCUCUAAGCCAUUAGGGUACAACAGCAUGGCAACUCCAGACGCUCCUCUUCUGGAGCCUGAAGAUGUCAUGGACGAGGUCAUGGCACAGAUGGAAUGCGCCAUGAAGCGCAAAGGCCAGAGACGUGCCGCCGAAGAUCCUGACUUUCUGCUCGCUGUGCAAUAUGCUGCAGUACAACGCGCGAAGUCGGACAAGCCACCAGAAGGCGAACACUUUCGGGUCUCGAUCGCCAUGGAGAUCUCGGACUUGCGCUGUGAGACUCACCAUCUGGGCCAAGUUCUUAUGUUGCGCCGGAUCGGUGGUCCCCUAAUGCGUUCCGCCGAUGUUCGCGGUGUCGUAUGCGAUGCCCACGGCAGCGUAAAGAAUCUGACCCUCGCCAACGCGGAUCGCCCAUUGCCCGAUGAUGAGAUCAUGCCAGCUGAUGCAAUCAUCGCCAUCAAGGAGCCUUACUUCACCUCUCGCGACGAUGAUCUGGGUGUACUACUUGUCGAACAUCCCUCGGACCUUAUCCGUCUGCCUUUCAUAGAUAAGCGAGUACCACGAGCGUUGCUGACUCGAGCCGACGCUUUCCAAGCUGGUACCAGGCAGAUGUGGACGCCACUGCAAUGGAAAGAGGCCGGCAAUAUCGCACUUCAAGCUGGCAAGUAUGUCUUAGCUGUCAGCUGCUAUUCACACGGCAUCACGGCCAUCCAUGCGAACGAGAUGUCGCUCAUGAAGACGCUAUACUGCAAUCGUUUGCAGGCCAACCUCAAGCUGGACCGGUUCGAGUGCGCGUUUGCAUUAUGCUCGGCCGAUUGUUCGGAGCCAGCAGCAACGAAGCAGAAGAGGCGCGAGCUAGAGCAAGACGCGAAGCAAUUUCGUGACGUGCCGCAAGACGAGACUUUCAAAUCUCCCGGCGCUUGCACUCGCGCCGAAUGCCUUACGCUCGAUCUCCUGUCGACCUACGACGCAAAGUUCCAAAAGAGCAAAUGUCUCGCGGCCACCACGACUCUGUUCAAGCUCCUCGCAUUCGACAAGAUCGUGCUCACCGAGACGACGGUCGAGCUGGUGCCCGGGAGGAACAGUGCGAUGCACCUUGGAGCCGCGAUGGCCUCGGGCUUUAUGAGUAGGCUCUUGAACGAGGGGAAGAAAGUCGAGUCUGCGCGAAGAUACGAGCGGGAGUGUAGGAAGUGGUAUCUUGUGAUCAAUUUGGUCAUGGAUGGGUCCUCCUUCUAG